AUAAGCACAAUAAGCCUAACACAUAUGCUUCAAGCUAAAGUUUCUCUUCCUCUUUUUCUCUUUCGUUCUACUGACAAUCUUUUCGUUGACUCUGCUGUCACUUAUGAUUACAAUAGCGGACUCUCGCAAUUUCAUCCGCGUGGAAUUCAGUUUUUCACAAAUCCCGCGGAAACCAUGGAUUUUUCCGGGAUAAAAAGUAGCUUAUGUGUUAAUUCAGCAUAAAUUCUAUUUCCAUUACAAAUUUCAGCCAAAUCGCUUUAGUAGUAGCAGCGUUAAAGAGUACAUCAUCCAAACAAAAAGCCAUACAAAAUUUCGCGUUUAUAUUAUUAGUAGGAUUAGUAGGAUUUAUUAUUUUAUAAUCAUAAUUAUUAGGCUUAACAUUUAUCGGUCUUAUUGGCUUGCAAAUGUAUUUUUAUUUUAAAAUCACAUAUUGGUUUUUUCUUAGUGUUUCCAGCAAGACAUUUGAUUUAACUUUGUGGCUUUAUAUUCUGUCUCAAAGGAAUUUUGAAUAAUAGUACAAUAAAAAAUAAAAACUGUUGUUAAAAUAAUAUAGUGUAAUGCAUUGUAAUAUUUCUUGUAACAUUCAAUUGUACCUAUACUGUUUUUUACGAGGUAGCUUUUAAGAUGAUUGCUAUGUAACAAAAGUGGCCCCGCGAAUGCUAUACAUACAAAACUACAUACUAAUUCAUCAGCAAAAAAUAGUUUUCCGAGAUAAACAACUGUGAUCCAAUGAAAACGUCUUCGUUCAUAGUUUAUGACUAGCUGCAACAUAUCAAAACAAAAUACGCAUGUAAGCGGUUUUUAGAGUGAUUAAUUGUACGAACCGCGUGUCUCUUUGAACUGGGUUAGUUUUGUGUUGGCUAUAAGUGAGUUAGGCUGGUGUUGACGGCAACUCCGUUAUAUCUUGAAUUGGUAUAUAUUUAUUGAUCGGUGUCUUAUAUAAUAGCGGUUAUUGACAAUUUUGACAAAAACGUGAGUUAAAUUCGUGUAGUAUAUAAUGUGAGCUUUAUACUCAUAUGUUUACUAACACAGUGAAAUUCGUGAAAUCUGUUGAUCGUGGAGUGAGUUAUAUCAGUAGCGUGAGUUGUUGGUGCCUAUUUUUGACGGUUACGUGAGUUUUUGGUGUUGACAGUUACGUGAGUGAUUUAGUGUUGACAGUAACGUGAGGUUUAAAACUUUUUCGUGCUGGAAAGGUUCUGUUUUAAAAACUGGGGAUAGCGUAUGAUGUGAUGAUGCGGCGGGGCAAAGCGUUGCUUGAGGGCAGUAGGCAGGGGUCGGUCGAUGGCAACAGCAAUUUGGCGAGUGAUAAGGAGCUAGUGCACAAGUGUAAUAGUGAUCCUGGCGGUGGGAGGGCCCUGGGCGCAGACGCGAGGGCACAGAGACACAGAUCUGUGUCCGGCGCGUUGAGGAAAUGCGUCCUAACUUUGGAUGGCUACUCGUAUGUCAUAGUGGCGAGUCCGCCGGGCGGCGCGGGCGCACCGCGAGAGGAGGCGCCCAGGCCGCCGCCGCCCGCCGCCCCGCGCAACGGCUCUCCCAAACAAGGCGCCCUCACAAUAGUCCGCCGCUCGUCCAGCCGCGGCAAGUCCGAGACGUGUCCGCCCACGGACGAGCAGCUCGACCAGCUCGACCUGGACACAGAGCACUUGCCCGCCGUCGACACGCCCGAUGCCUGCGAUAAGGCCGCACUCAGAUUACGCUAUCUCCUGAGACAAUUAAACAGAGGAGAAAUACCAGCGGAGACAUUACAAAAGAACCUACAAUAUGCUGCGAAAGUUCUCGAAGCUGUCUACAUCGACGAAACCAAGGAUAGGAGAGAUGCCGAGCAGCCGCGCGCGCAGCCGACGACACUUCACAUGAGGCGACUGCGCACUCCAUGCUGGGCGAGAUGUUCAGUAGAGAAACCAAACGAAGCAAAACCGGCCGUGGCGCGACAGCAAUCGGCGCCGACCCUGGUGUUUAGGAGGUUGGCGGACGAAGACGACGAACUAUCAGAAGUACAGCCAGAUGCAGUACCCCCAGAAGUACGGGAAUGGUUGGCGUCAACAUUCACGCGACAGCUGGCGACUGCCAAACGGAAGUCGGACGAGAAGCCGAAGUUCAGAUCAGUCGCACACGCGAUCAGGGCGGGGAUAUUCGUGGACAGAAUCUACAGGAGGGUCACGAGUACAGCGCUCAUGCAGUUUCCUCAGGAUGUCGUCAGAGUUCUCAAAACGUUAGACGAAUGGUCGUUCGACGUGUUCGCACUACACGAAGCGGCGGCGGGCCAGCCCGUCAAGUAUUUAGGAUACGAGCUUCUCAACAGAUACGGAAUGAUACACAAAUUCAAGGUGCCGCCCACGAUCCUCGAGAACUUCCUGAGUCGAAUAGAAGAAGGCUACUGCAAGUUCCACAACCCCUACCACAAUAACCUGCACGCGGCAGAUGUGGCUCAAACUGUACACUACAUGCUGUGCCAAACUGGACUCAUGAACUGGCUGUCGGAUUUGGAAAUCUUCGCGACGCUAGUGGCAGCGGUGGUUCACGACUUUGAGCACACCGGCACCACCAACAACUUCCACGUCAUGUCGGGCUCUGACACUGCACUGCUAUACAAUGACAGAGCAGUGCUUGAGAAUCAUCAUAUAAGCGCCGCUUUCAGAUUAAUACGCGAUGAAGACUGCAACAUCCUUCAGAACCUGUCCAGGGAUGAGUUCCGCGAGUUCCGCACCCUCGUCAUCGACAUGGUGCUGGCCACGGACAUGUCCUUCCACUUCCAGCAGCUGAAGAACAUGAGGUCGCUGCUGUCGCUGGCUGAGCCAGGUGUGGACAAAUCCAAAGCGGUGUCCUUGGUGCUGCAUUGCUGCGAUAUAUCACACCCUGCUAAGAGAUGGGACCUUCAUCACAGGUGGACAAUGAGUCUGCUAGACGAGUUCUUCCUCCAAGGCGACAAAGAAAGAGAGUUGGGACUCCCGUUCAGUCCACUCUGUGACAGAAACAAUACACUGGUGGCGGAGUCUCAGAUCGGUUUCAUAGAUUUCAUCGUGGAACCCAGUAUGGGGGUAUGCGCCGAUAUGUUGGAGUGUAUAUUGGGGCCUUUGCAUUCGAGCUCCAAGAACUCUACGAGUACAUCUGGUCAAGAACCUAUCAAUGAGGAAGCGGCAGAAACGCACAAAAAAUUCAAAAUUAAGAAACCAUGGGUGGCAUGCCUCACAGAUAACAAGAAGAUAUGGAAAGAGCAAGCUACGAAAGACGCAGAAGCGCGAGCCAGACUGGAGGAGGAGGAGACGAACGGGACAUCACCUCCAACAGAAGAAUAAUAUUUAGCCACAUUUGUAAAUAGCGUGAAAACUAGUUGUUAUAAUAUGUUUCAGUCGUUGUUAAAGAAAAGCUAAGCAAUCAAUGUUAUAUUCGCUUAGUGCUGUUGUGUUGUUUGCACAAGUUAAGGUUGGAUGACUGUUUCUUCUUUCUGUAUGAUUUAACCUAUUAAGAAUAUUUUUUUCAACAGUAAUUGCCCAUUUUAACAACCCGCUAUAAGCCUCCUUUAUUAUAGGAGGGGAUAUAUUAAUUCUUUACCCACAUAAAAAUGGAAAUGGUCCAGUUUUAACACCAAGGGACCGUUUAAUUUCUGGAUAGGUAUAGAUAGUAAUACCAAGCGACUUUCAGACUUUCUCUCUUUCAGACAUAAACGUUCGUUUCGUUUCGGAAAAGAACUUUCGUAGCCGUAACCUCCCGGCAAAUAAUAAAAAACUACUAAUAUAUAAACACAUGUUAAACGAAUAUUUAAACACAUGGUUAACACAUGUUGGAAAAUUUUACUACUGUGUACUACUAUUAAUAUAAAAAAAUGUAAAAAGUAUAAAAUUCUAUUUAUUAAAGUAUCAAAUAUUAUUUGCACCAUAAUUUUGAGAGAAAACGCACUACACCAAAGCCAAAACUAAGUUUGGUUUUUUCAAAAUUAUUUGAAAAGUUAAAUUACAUUACAAAAUAUAAUACAGAAAGAAGAAACAUGCUCUCAUUAGAGUCCUUAAUAGUUUAAGAGCCGUAUUAGAAACGACCUUAACCCAUUUGUUUAAUGGAUAAAAGAAUAUUUUAUAUCAAAAACUUGAGAGUAGGUUGCCUCAAAAACUCCUAUUGUUAAUGAUAGUUGAUAAUGGUUAAUGAUAAUUUAGCCAGAAGAUUUGUUGGCAUCCGGCUCGCAAUAUAUUUUUAACGUACUAAAUUUGAUAUAAAACACAUUUCAUUCAUUAAACAGAUGGGUGAAGGUCGUUUCUAUUUUGGAUCUUGUACUUUAAUAUAUUAAGCACAAUAUAAUUACGCCUGAUGUAUAAAUUCUCUUUGUGGAAGACAACGUAGUGAGUUUUAUUGGAAAAGGCGAUGCUCUGUGGAUCGGUGAACGCCUGUAGUGUAAAUAAAUACUUAUUUAUAAGUAGCUUGUGACAUAUUUUUUGCUAUUAAGUAGUCACAAUAAUUUAAAUUAUAAUUUCGAGCUGGCCUCGAAUAUUUAUUUAUACUUUUGUUAAAAUGUAAAUAAAAUAUCUAUUAUAUAGGUCGUUUUGUAUUAAUGUUUUCUCUUAGUUUAUUUAUUGAAAUUAUUAGUGAUUUAUCGCUAUUUAAUAAGUACAAUUUCAAUAAUUUGAAGGUUAAAACAUUUCACUAUUAGUAAAACUUUAUAACAACGCAGAACGAACGCUCGCAAUAUUUUCACGAGGUACCUAUGUCUAAUAGGAAUCAGGGAUCCCUAGAACAUUGUGUACACCUGACUAACAAAAUGUUCUAGGGAUCCUUGAUUUUUCUGACUAUAAAUAAAGUCUUUGUAAAAAAAUAACACCCGUAUUUGUUACUAUAAUUUUUCUGCGCCAAGUCUUACAUAACUUAACACGUAUUUUUUUUAUAAGAUUUUUUUGAAUUAUGAAUACCAGUGGCGUAGCGUGCCGUGGAGGGGCCCUGAAUCAAAAUUAGUUGAGGGGCCCAAAUAAAUGGUUAAAACUUCUCACAAAAAAGUAAACAAAAAUGCUUGCCUAAAAAAUAAUGACAGUGACUUAACAAAAGUACGAUGUUUCCAACUUUUGCCGCACGCUUAAAACCUGGGAAAAAAGAAAAAGUGCUUUUUUGACUUUAUAAUUUCUGAGGUGAAAUUCUAUAAGCAGUUUUUUUACUUACACGUAUUAAUUAACAAUUUUAUAAUUUACACUGAAAAAAUCAGUUUUAAAUAAUAGAGCUGCAGAUAACUAUAGAAUGCUAGAGGUAAAUUAAAUAAAAAUAGUCAAUAAUAAUUUUCAGCAGACUAAAACACGUUGAUAUCAAAGCACCUUGGUGCAUAAUUUUUCACAGAAAUACUUACUUAAAUAACAAAAUAAGCUUGCAUAAGCGAAAUUAUGAUAAAAACUAAUAUAACGACGUUUUACGUCGACUUUUAAUGUUAUUAAUGUAACAGGUUUGAAUUUU